UAUUCUUAAAUUCUAAUUAAUAGUUUUAAGAUUUUUUUUAAAAAAUUACAUUCUUUUAAAAUCCUAAACCCAAUCUAUACCCUAAACCCAUUUCCCACCACAUAAUUAACCCAAAAUAUUUCCCUCCUAAACCCAAAACCCAAUUCCCUCCAAACCCAAAAUUUUCCCACUUAACUAAAGCCCAAUUUCUAUACUUAACCAAUUUUUUUCCUCUAAACCUAAAAAUUGUCGUCUCUCUCUCUCUCUCUCUCUCUCUCUCUAAAACCUUCGCCGUUCUCCCAUUCUCCCAUUCUCACGAGACUCUCACAGCCUCCUCUCUCUCUCAAACCUUCACCGCCUCUCUUAUUCUUUCUCACAGCCUCCUCUCUCUCUCAAACCUUCACCGCCUCUCUCAUUCUUUCUCACACUCUCUCACAGACUCCUCUCUCUCUCUCUCUCAACGAUGGCUCCUUCGACUGGAAUCCCCAACGAAUCACGUCGUCGCCCUCGCCCUACCGAAUUACAGCUCCCAGGUUAGUGAGCCCCUCGUCUCUGUCUCGAUUCCUCUUCCAUCUAGACUUCUUAGGGUUUCGAUUUAGACUUCUUAGGGUUUCGAUAUAGACUUCUUAGGGUUUCAAUUUAGACUUCUUAGGGUUUCGAUUUAGACUUCUUACGGUUUUGAUUUAGACUUCUUAGGGUUUCGAUUUAGACUUCUCACGGUUUUGAUUUCAAGUUUUUGUUUUUCGGUUUUGUCUCCCUUUAAAGUUUUGAUUCCUCUUAAUACUCUAUGUCUGUCUACAGGUAUGCGGAAAGGGAGACCACAAAUGACCUUAUCGGAUCCUUCUGCCAUGGCCCCAUCUUUUUCUCCUCCUGGAGUUGUACCUCCUGGAGCUGUUCCUCACGCAUCUGUCGGGUCUUCCAGUGCUGUGCAUGUGGCUCCUGCCCCUUAUGUCAGGAGAAGAGAAGAUGCUCUGCUACGUGCGCCAUCCAGACGUAACCAGCCACACCUCCACCCUGACAAGACCAAUGGAGCAUUGUCGUAAGUUUAAUACUAGUUCUGUUAAGUAGUUAUGUUCUGUUAGAGUAAGUUUAAAGUAGUUCUGUUCUGUUUAAAUACAAAAUAAAAAAUAUUGUGUUGUGGUAUUAGUUGAACCUUGUAUUAGAAGACUAAGUGUAGAGUAUAAUAUUUGAUUUUUUCAAUACUAGUUGAACCGUGUAUUAGAAGAUUAAGUGUAGAGUUUAAUUUUUUAUUUUUAUUUGAUGUUUGCCAUUGUCUUGUCUCAGGUUUGGUAUUGAUCCUGAAGUCCAUGCUUUUAUCCGAGCAACAUGGCAGGGAAACUACUGGGGGUCGUGGGCAAGCUGGAACUUCGUUCCACCUGAGAAGAAGGAUCAGUGGUGGCAUGCGUUCAUUGUAAGUGCUUGUUUCCCUUUCCUUUUCCCUUUCUCAACUAUUAGGAAGCUAUAAUGUUUAACUCUGUCUUAUGUUCUUUUGUAGCAACACUACUACUGGGAUGACCAAUUCCAUGAUGAAAUCUACUUGAAGUGGAAGAAACAAACUCAGGUUACCGUCUGUGGCCGCAUCAGCCAGAACAGGAGAGAUAAUAGGCAACCUUCUUACAUGUCAGACGCUCACUGGGCAACAAUGGUUGAGAAGUACAACACUGAGCAAGCAAAAAGGAAGAGUGCAAAAGCUGCAAGAUCUCGUAAGUCUGCUCCAGUUGGGAAGAAGAUGCACAAGCACGGUGCAGGCCCACGCUGUUUCCUGAACAUUGCGUAUCAAAUGAUGGUUGAUGAAGGUUUGGAUGAACCACCUUCAUACACAGCCCUUGCAAGGAAGACUCACACGGGUAAAGAUGGUUCCUUCCUAGACGAACGUACGGAGGAACUGGUGCUGGAGGUUGAGGAAGCCGUUGAAGAGAUGUUACAAGAUGGAUCUCCACUAGGAGACAGUCAAACUGACUCCACUGCUGCUUCAAAUGCAAAGCGCUAUCUUCUCAACCAAGAAUACAUCAAGAGAGGAAAGACAAAUAAGGGUACAAUCUACGGCCUUGGCAGUGUUCAGUACAAGAACAGCAGUCCAUCUGUGCCAAUUCCUGUCUCACUGCAGCGCAACCUAGACGUUGAUAUGUGUAUGUCUGGCUUUGAGACCACCAUUUCUGAAGUCAAGGGAGACAUUGCUGGAGUCAAGGAAGAUUUCAGUGCUUUGAAGGCAGAAAUCAAUGCUUUCAAGACUCAAGUAACGGGGGGGGGGGGGGAUGUCAGCUAGCCAAGCAACUCUCAACAUUAUUCUGCAAACUCUCCAAUCUCAAGCUUCCACUCCUGCCUCAACUGCACAACCAUCUCAGCCUCAAGCUCAGUCACAACCUCAAGGUCAGCCCCAAGCUCCCAUUCAAUCUCAACAACAGCCACAAGCUCAAGGUCAGUCUACGGCUCUACCACAACAUCUCACGAUCAAUAACCCAUCUGAGUUAGAUAGGUGGUGCCAAGACCUUGGUAUGUAAGGUUUGGUCAGUUGAUGUAUUAAGCUCAAUCUUUUGUGUACUUUGUUUCAAGUUGUAUUAUCUUUUGAAUGUUUAAAACUGCAACUUUUAUGUAAUAUAUUUUAGUUUCUAUGAUAUUUUAGCUUUUAAUUCGCAUUUUGCAUUUUAUAAAAAUUUCAAAUUGGUGCUUUAUAAUUGUUUUUAUUUUUUUUUAUAAUUAUUAAAACUACCCACGAAAACAAUCGUAGCAAACCGUAGCUUAUUGCUACAUUACCAUCCGUGUCAAACCGUAGCACAUUGCCACGCAUGUUUCGUCUCAAAUCGUAGCAAAGUUGCUACGAAAAGUUUCGUGGCAAUACGUGGCAUUUUGCUACGUUUUUUGACACGCGCUGUUUUUGCUACCCUCGUAUACGUACGUUUUGCGUUUCGUAGCAUUUCGUGGCUUCUGCUCCGUAUAGCCACGAAAAUUUGGUCAUACCCACGAAAAUUAACGUGGCUGUGGCCCUGUUUUUUACUAGUGUAAGACCCCUGAGUUUAUAGGUUUCCAGUUCAAAACCAUUUGAUUUGAUAAUGAAUUGAUUGGUUCUUUUUUCGAACUGUGAAUUGAUUGGUUCAAGUCAUUUGAAUAUUAAUGUUAACCCGUUCAAAUAUCUGAUGUGGAUCAUACAAACGAUUUUUACUCUAUAUAUCAUUAAAUGAAACUCUAAUAUAAUAUUUUUUUGGAUUUAUAAUGUAAAAUUCAAUUGAUAAUGUGUAUU